AUUCUGUUAUUGUUGUUGAUGAUAUUAUUGUUGUCCAUGCUUUAUUCAUUUUAGGAAUCCUAUUUUACAUCGAAAACUAAAUAAAUCCAUUAAAAUCAUUUUUUUCUUUUCUCACUAAAUAUAGUCGAUGUUUUCAAAAAUUUUACCAAAAAAAUUUCCACCGGCAAAGAAUCCAUUAUUGUUGGCCAAACAGAAUGAGAUUCGUCAAUUACAAUUAAAACCAUUCAAAAGGAUUCAUUUUAAAUUUGAUCCAUUUCAUUCACAAGUUGUUUCGAUUAGAGAAUUUUUACAACAUUUGGAUCGUCGUCAAGUACAUAAAACAAAUCCAAAGUGUUUGAUACGUACGGAAAUUGUUUGUGAUCAACAAGAACCAACCAUUACUGCUCAUCUUGAAAACGGUAAAAAAAUACAUUUCAAAACAGCCAAUCUAACCACUAUUGAAUUAUUGGAAUAUUUUAAUCAAUAUUCAAAGAAAUUUAUCAAUCCUAAUCCAAAUUCAAUAUCAACCGCAAUAAUAAAAAUGCAGAAUCGACAUUAUAAUGUUCUAGUCGAAAUGUAUGAUAUGGUUUAUAAUUUAUUUCCUGAAUUUGAUCAAUUAUUUGAUGAAGAAACAUUCUAUUUAGUUGCAUGUGGUUUAACCAUUAUAUCGGUUGCCAUUUGUUUUAUACUUUCACGUUUUAUACAUUUACGUGAAGCAAAUAUUUGAUCGUUUUUUUUGUGUUGUUAGAGAUCAUAUAUUUCAUCAUCGAUUGAAAAUAUGUGUUCAAUUAGAAUAAUAA